CCCACAACCAGCACAGAAGUAGAACACUUUCACACGCUGAGGACGGGACAAAUCGGGCAGGAGAGCUCAGACUCUGACUCCUCCCACACUCACACAUGACUGAUCACAUGGUCAUGACGUCACCAAAGGUCCUUCGGACCACUAGGAUUUAGCAUCUACCGAAAGAAGAUGGCGUCCCUGCAGAAGAAGUGAGGAGCGGGCCGGCUUCCCGGAGUCUUGAUUUGGCCGAGUUGCUGUAGGGGAGUGUGACCGUGCCGGGAGCUUCUCCCCCCGGAGCAGAGGCCGGCUGAGGGUAAAAAUAAGGCGGGAUGUUGACACUGGCGAGCAAGCUAAAGCGGGAUGAUGGUGUGAAAGAGAACAGGGCAUCCAGCACGGCCUCUGACUCCACUCGCAGGGUAUCCAUCCGAGACAGAUUACUUAUUAAAGAGGUAGCAGAACUUGAAGCCAACCUUCCAUGCACCUGCAAAGUGAAUUUCUCUGACCCCAACAAGCUGCAUUACUUUCAGCUGACUGUGAGCCCAGAUGAGAGCUAUUACCAAGGUGGGAAGUUCCAGUUUGAAAUUGAGGUUCCAGAAGCGUACAACAUGGUGCCUCCAAAAGUCAAGUGCUUAACCCGGAUCUGGCAUCCGAACAUCACUGAGACAGGGGAAAUCUGUUUAAGUUUACUGAGAGAGCAUUCAAUAGAUGGGACGGGCUGGGCCCCGACACGAACGUUAAAGGAUGUUGUAUGGGGAUUGAAUUCGUUGUUUACAGAUCUAUUAAAUUUUGAUGAUCCUUUGAACAUUGAAGCAGCAGAGCACCAUUUGAGAGAUAAGGAAGAGUAUCGUAGUAAAGUGGAAGAUUACAUCAAGCGUUAUGCCAGAUGAUGCCAACUUUAAGUCUCAGAUCGCCUUGUUGAGAGAAGUGGCCACCUUCUUUCUGUAAGGUCUCCAGAGCCAUAUAGGGGUGGAAUCUGGAAACGAUUCAACAGGUUUUGUGCCCUCUCUCUGCAGACUGAUACAAAGGUUUACCUCCAGCCCCUACAAUGUAAUGGCAUCUCAGCAUCCAGCCAGCAACAGCCUCAAAACUACUCCUCCCGCUUCUUUAAUUUUUGAUGUGUGAUUUUUGUUUUUUUUAUGGGGCAUUUGUUUUAUUUUAUUUUUUCUUUUUUCCUAAAUUUCAGAAUAUUUCUAACAAUAUAUGCAAUGCUGUUUGGAUUCUUACCAGAGAUGUUUAUUAUAAUCAUGGACUCACUAGACUGAACGUUUGAUUGGAAGCCCUAAGUUAGCCAUGUGUUUUUGAAAUGUAAUACGGAAGAUUGAUAAAAUGUAUGUGGUGGCUCACCUGUCGUGAUAUCUGGAUUAAGGUGCUCUAUUAUAAAAAGCUACACCCAAAAGUUUUAAAGAUAUAUAUUUAUAUGUGGUUAACAGGCACUCUAAACAUUCAGAGCCGCAUUAAAAACUAAUAUUUUUAAUUAAAUG